AUGGAGGUAUAAUGAUACGUCCAAUGGUAUAUAUGUAAUAUUGUCUAAGUGGUCAUUUAUGAUAACGAGGUUUUCACCUUUAAUUUUUCUAGAAGAGAUUGCUUUUUUGCGGGAUGGAUUCAAUCUGAGCAGUCUGUUGAAGAAUAUUCUUCAUGCUGCUUAUCAUGUAGUAUUAUGUCUCGAGCUCAGCAAAUUUUGGAUGGAUUCAAGCUAAACUGGAUGAGUUUACGCGAUGCGGAAAGUGGGAAAGUGUUAUGGCAAAGUUAUGAGGAUCUCGCCUCACCAGGAAAAGAACAUCAGGCUCGUGUGCCAAAAAGUAUUUUGAAAUGUCGGGCAGUAUCACGUGAAAUAAAUUUCACUUCAGCCGAGAAAAUAAAUAAAUUUCGGCUAGAACAACGUGUUUACCUAAAAGGCGACAUUAUUGAAGAAUGGUUCUUUGAUUUUGGAUUUGUGAUACCGCAGUCAACUAAUACUUGGCAGAAUUUGAUCGAAGCUGCACCAGAAGCACAAAUGCUUCCUGCAUCAUUGUUAAGUGGCAAUGUGAUAAUCGAAACGAGAUUUUACGAUGAUAAUUUGCUAGUGAGCACAUCGCAGAUUCGUAUCUUUUACAUAUGACAUGGAAGAUGGAAAACAUGCGUAUUUUAUAUUUCUGUAAUUUUUUUAUACACUCUUUGCAAGAAUACUUGUGAUAAACUUUGUAGUAUGUGAUGUAAAAAACGUGACCAGUAAUUUGGAAGCUUAUCAGUAUUGUGUAGUAAAAAGUGGAC